AUGACAUUCUUCCGCAUCACCCUCAUCCGCUCCGCCAUCGGCCUCCCCCGCCGCACCACCGGCGUCCUCAAAGCCCUCGGCCUCAAAAAGCGCAUGGCCACCGUUUUCCACCCAGUCUCCCAGGACGUCGCUGGCCAGAUCAUGAAAGUCAAGGAGCUCGUCGCCGUGCAGGAAGUCGACCAGCCGCUCACCAAGCAGCAAUUGAACUGGGCGCGAAAGCCGGAUCCGGGAUACUACGUCGAGAAGAGGGCUGCGGAGGUGUGGAGGGAGAAGAGGGAAUUAUAG